AUGAUCUACUCCACGGCGGAAAAAGACAAAAAUCACUCAGCAAGUAGCACAAUUGUUCACAGACCAGCUGCGCGGUUCCAUGAUCCAACUUCUCUUCAUUACCCCCUUUCCGGCGCCACCAAAACUGGAGGGUGGACCCGCUGCCGGCGGAUACGUGAUCGAGUCUAG